UGAACUGUAUUUGCCAAAUUUGCAAGUGUGGGUAAGUGAAUGACAAAUAAUGUUUUUCAGUUGAUAUUACUGUAUCUACAUAUGUACUCUAUCUAUUUUGGUACGUUGACGACCGAUGUUUUUGAUUUCAUGAUCGUGUGAAACGUACCGGCACAAGAAAUUACAUGGCACUGGAAUUAAAGUUUAACAGGCCUGUUUAAUGAUAUUAUAUUAAUAUAUUAUUACAAGUUUACUACAGAAUAUUAAUAAUCGAAUACAAAACUCGGGCUAUACAACAGUAGUAAAUUGAAUUUAUUUAUAAGAUUAUUAAAAAUAAAAUAUUUGAUUCGAGUGCAAUGUGUGUAGCAUGUUUGAACGCCAGGCGACUAUUUAAAAUGAGAAAGAAUUUUAUUUUCUUUUUCGUUUCUGAUUAUCAUUAGCUAUAAUUUAUGUUUUGUUAUACAGUAGGCCAUUAUAGUACCCAAUCACUUUAAUUAAUUCGUGUAAUUUUGUUUCUAUUGUAUUAUCUAUGGAUUCUCUUUAUUCCUCCUUUCUAUGUGCUUGUAGGCGGCACCGGUGCUCCCACGAAAAGCUGUCCAAACAGGUGCUAAAAAAUCCGCUAGUGAAGGGGAUUUGUAAUCUGUCUGAAUAUCAACAUGCCUACAAAAGUUGGCCAUGGCAACCUCCUCGUGAGAGCAUGCGCACAACUAUUAAUAAGAGUACAACAGUACCUUCAGUUGGCACCGAGCUAGCAACUACUUACCAGAAGACGUAUGUUCAACAUAAAACAAAUCGAUUAGAUAAGAAGUCUCGUGCAAUAUACCAGCCUCCGGCCACUAAACUAAAUGUUGUAUCAACAUAUGACAUCGACUUUACUGAGAAAAAAGCCGUGCCAGCCCAGUCAUUUAAACCCAAGGAGAAGAAAGUGGCAUUUAGUAAACCGUUUGAACACACUUCAGUUACCCAGGCAACUUACACGCCAUUUGAUCGGGAUGAAAUUGAUUAUUGCAAAACUGUUGCAAACAAACCUGAAGAGAACCUUAAGACUGGAUCUAAGGAAACGUUCACUGCAACAACAACAGUACAGGAUGAUUUCCGGCAGCAUGAAAACGUAUCUCCUGCUAAAUCAAUGCGUCCGAUUGAGAAGCCACUUGCUUCAAAGGAACCUUUCACGGCAGAAACUAUCCACCAUGCCGAAUUCACUCCGAAAACUACCGAACCGGCAGUAAUGGUAAAACCACAGGAGCAGCUAACAAAAGGACAAAAAUCAUCACCAUUUGACGGCCAGACGACAUUUCGACGCGAUUUCCCAGAGCACAAAAAUCACAAACGCGAACAAAGCUAUAAACCAAGGGCGUUGUAUGUUGAAAACGAGACUAAAUUUGAUGGACAAACUACACAGCGAAGUGCUUACAAAGCAUGGGCGGUGCAGCCAAAGGCAUAUGUUCCUUGGGCAGAAAAGAACAAGACCGGCCCCUAUAUCAAGAGCAAAUUUAUGAACGUGACAUCAUAUCAGAACGACUACAAGAAUCCAGAGAUAUUGAUGACUCUCAGCAAGUGCCGUGGAGAACCGUGCCGGUAUGAUGACAACCUCGGAGCUGGAGAGCCAGUGCCAUUCGAAGACAGCACCCAGUACAAGAUGUCAUUUGUUGCCUGGGAAAACGCUAAACCAGCGACCUCUUACAAGAUUGUCCAAGAGUACAAGAUACCAACCACUCCUCUUAUGGGAAAAUCUGUUUUCCAAUCCCAAUUCCUUGGAGCGCCAGCUAAACCAGCAAAGAGUUGUCGUCCAGACCCACGCCCUCGCACAUCCUCUGGCAUGCUGUCUAUGAAAACAACUUACAACACAACUUAUCAAGGAAAACGCCCUCAUAGCUGCCCUGCACAGCGCCUUGGCGAAAAUGAUAGCGAUUACAAGCAUGUGAAGGAUGGUGCAACAGGACACAAGUUUUACAUUCAAACCUCAAAAAAUUAAAGAAUAAGUUUGGAUUGGCUACAUGAAAAAAAACCAAAUUAGCUAAUUAAACUUUCAGACCAUUGCAAAAAUUAUGUUAGUGAAAUUAUGUAAAAUUAAUAAUCAUUAUGAGUACAGUAUUAAUAAAGCAGGAUGUAGUGGCUACCAGUUCCUGUUUUUUUCUUUUAGUGGUUGGUGUGGAGGAAGGUUGUAGUAGUAUUGUGGUUACAUGAAAUCAGUUACAAAAUUCCAAAUUUCUCAAAGCUCUGUUCACUAUAAUUUUUUUUUUACAUGUGUAUGCGAUUGGCCCAUAUAAACACAAUGCGACAUCCAUCAUGGCCAAAUUAUUAUUUUAAUUAUUUGAUAAACCAAGAGCUUA